AAGAAGUAGGCGCGCGACCAGCCCAGUCAUCUAGACGUACCUAGGACCUGCAUCAGGGCCUCAUCUGACCAUCGAGAUUCGUCCCUCGGCAGCACGCCUUAGCUCGCUUUAAGUGAAGAAUCAUGUCGUUCCAAAUGCAGAUACUCAAUAUGGUUACCCACAAGACGAAAAUUUCUGGUGUCGAAGACCGGAAUCCAGAGAAAUGGUCCAAUGCAAACUUUGAUAGCUGAAAUUUUGAAAUCAAUGGCUCAUUUCAUUUUGAAUGUGUUGGUUUGCUUGAUGCUUCCGAGGCAGAUUGAUUCUGCAGUUACAUGUACGGUAGUGGAACCAGCUCUCAGAAGAAGACAACCCGAUUUUUUGCAAUCUAAAAGUCGUUUAUGCUCAUCUGUACGAUACGCUCGUCCGUGGGAAUUUUCCAUGCUCUAGGUGUA